CGGGGUUCAUUCCAUUCCCCACCCAGCCGAUCCCCCCUCCUCCCUGCGCUGCAGCCAACCGGCUUGUGCGCGUCGGGGGAGCGCACUAUAAAACCUGCGCUGGUGGCGCUGGGGAAGGAAGGCGACCUCCGGACCUGGAGGGAAGUGAGCAGAGCCAAUCCACAGCGUGGAAAGCCUCGUUUUGCAAACGCGGGCGGGAAAAGCCUGAGCAUGCAGCGUGUGCAAAGCAUGAGCCUCAGUCUGCCCACGCAGUGCCUCUGCCUGGCUUUCCUGCUCCUCCAUCUCUUGGGACAGGUGGCUACGACUCCACGCUGCCCAAACCCGUGCCCGGCCCGGUGCCCCCAGACGCCGCCCACCUGCGCCCCCGGGGUGAGAGCGGUGCUGGACGACUGCUCGUGCUGUCUGGUGUGUGCCCGCCAGCGCGGCGACAGCUGCUCGGAGCUGGAGCCAUGCGAAGAGAGCCGCGGCCUCUUCUGUGACCGCAGAGCGGACCCCAGCGCCCAGACUGGAAUCUGCAUGGCUAUCGAGGGAGAUAACUGUGUGUUCGAUGGGGUCAUUUACCAAAGUGGAGAAACCUUUCAGCCCAGCUGCAAAUACCAGUGCACCUGCCAAGAUGGGCAGAUUGGCUGCGUGCCUCGCUGUGACGAGGACCUGCUACUACCCCAACCUGACUGCCCGGUUCCAAGAAAAGUUGAAGUGCCCGGGGAGUGCUGUGAAAAGUGGAUCUGUGACGCAAAUGACACGGAGGCGUUAGGGGACCUGCACGCCCUUCCAGCCUACAGGACAGAAACCACUCUAGGAGUUGCAGUCUCUGACUCAAGUAUCAACUGCAUUGAGCAGACCACAGAGUGGAGCGCAUGUUCCAAGAGCUGUGGCAUGGGCUUCUCCACCCAGGUCACCAACAGGAAUCCGCAGUGCGAGAUGGUGAAGCGGACUCGGCUCUGUAUGGUGCGACCCUGUGAGCAGGAGCACAGGCAACCAACAGAUAAGAAAGGAAAAAAGUGUCUGCGCACCACGAAGUCCCUCAAAGCCAUCCACCUGCAGUUCAAGAACUGCACAAGCCUGCAUACCUACAAGCCCAGGUACUGUGGAGUCUGCAGCGAUGGCCGGUGCUGCACCCCUCACAACACCAAAACCAUCCAGGUGGAGUUCCAGUGCUCCCCGGGGCACAUCAUCAAGAAGCCAGUGAUGGUCAUUGGGACCUGCACCUGUCACAACAACUGUCCUCACAACAACGAGCCUUUCCUCCAAGAGUUAAAGCCGAGCACCAGCAGAGGGAAAAUGUAACCUGGGUCCCUGGAGAAGCCCACCUACAGAGGCAACCAUAGCUAUUGCGUGACCCAUCUUCAAAAGAAUAUAAGAAAAAUCUCGAGAAUUAUGAUUUUGCCCCUGAGUCCUAUGUAUUUUCUGUGGUCAUAUGAGGUCAGUUCUAGCUGUCUUUUUAUUUUUUUUAAUGGAAAAUAUGAUUAACUGUAAACUUGGAAUCAAGGAAAACUCAGGAUAGUGCUUAGAGAUGACUUACUGUUCUGUGGUGUUUACUGCGAAUGAAAACGUCUAUAAAUUUAAGAAAUCAGAUAUAGGUUUGACUGUGUAGACUGCAUCACAUCACACUCAUCUUCUUUUGUUAUAUAUUAGUGCAAGUUCAAGAAAAUGUCCCUGUCAGGAAUGACCCAGGCAAGUCCAGCAUCAGACUGACCAUGUCAUCAUACAAUUAUUUCACCAUAUAUUGAGGUUUGACUUGAGGGGUCUCCGCUGAGCUAUUUUUGUGUAGCUCAGCUCUGAACUUCCAAGUUAAGAUCCGGGAAACAUAGAGCUCUUCAACUUGAAAUCCAGAGUCUAUUAGUUUUGUGUUUAGUUGUAAACUAGGAAACGAGCUGUAUCUACAGUAAUACAGUGUUACAGUUAGUUAAAUGGACUGGUAUCAUAAACUUGCUCCAUGUCAGACAAAUUGACUCCUUUCCAAUAGAAAGAAGCUGAACAGAAAACUCCCCCUAAUACAGAGAUGACAAUGACUGGACCUCACCAGCCCCCCUACAUUUGUAUAUGCUGCAGGCUUCUGGGGCCCAUAGUGUUUUCAUUCCGAAGAAGCAGAGCCUGUCAGCAGAGAUCCUCUCAUCUCAUUGAUGAGUAAACUGAGGGCCAAAACACCUGAUUACAACCUUGGAUGACAUUCAGAUGUGCUUGUAGUGAAAUUUUAAAACAGAAGAACAAAGCCGACAUAAGUGGGACGGCACAGGAGCACACAUUUUAUGGGAGUUUAGAAUUUAUUGUAGACCUGCCCAUACCUUAUCCUUGGGCCCUACUUAUGCAAACUCACAAACAAGAUAUGGGUGCAUACAUACUUGCAUCUAAGUUGUCAGGCUACAAGAUAGGCUGCAAACUUAAAUGCAUACAUUUGCCUAAUGUCACCAGAUGUGUUCAACUUUUCUCCUUAAAAAGUAUUUAUAUAAAUAUAAAUUAUACAUUUUUAAAAUAUUCUUUUUACUUUCUCUACUUGUCAGAUAGCACUAAAUAAACAUGAUCUUAUCAAUGUG